GAGACUCACCAUGGCCAUGUUGACCGUUCUUCUGCUUCUCAGUGCUGCCUUUGCUCUGGGAGACGCAAAUUAAUUUGUAGAAGAAGACUUGUGUCCCUCCGGUUGGACCAAAUAUGGAUCACGCUGCUUCAUGUUUGUCAAGACUGCAAGGACCUGGCCUGAAGCAGAGCGGCACUGUGUGUCCCUUGGUGAAAAACUGGUGUAUGUGCCCAGCACUGUAGAGUACCUUGGAGCAAACCUGGCAUCUGUACACAGCUCUGAGGAGGAGCAAUUUCUACAGACGUUGGUCAAGACUGGCGGCUUCCCUCCUACCUGGAUUGGAGGAUUUGAUGCUGAUAAGGCAAAGGACAGGCUAUGGUUCUGGAGCGACGGCUCCGACUUUGAUCACCAGAACUGGGCCAAAGGACGGCCCAAUAACGCUGGUGCCAGAGAGGGGUGUAUUCAGAUGAACUUUGGAGGUGAACGCCGCUGGAACAAUGCAAUAUGUGGAAGGCGCUUGCUCUCUGUGUGCUCCCUGAGACUCUUGCCACUCCGUCAAUCUAUAAACUAAAAGCAACAAUGCUAUUCCAUAUGUGUCCGCAUCCUUAACACUUUACGGUAACGUCAAAUUCUUUGAUUUGUUGCAGUUAAAUGAAGUCUUAGUUACUACAUAAUGUUGAGGUGUUUUGUUUGCAGCCAAUAAAACAUGUGUACACAUUA